AUGUCCGUAGAAAAGCAGCUAGAUGCAGCGCAGAAAUUCCUACGAGGAAUUCGGUCUCUGAGCUCCUACGAGGAGAUCAGAGAAAAGCAGGCAUUGGGAGUGCAAAAGGCUUUGGAGAAAGUGCCGGCGUACACCGCUGCCCAAGCGGCUGCGGUGUUGGGCCUCUUGCAGCCUGAUCUUUGGUCCACAUCCCACGUGGAUGCGUUCCAGGAGAAGGUUGCCUUGAAGACGAAGCCGGUGGAGACGGAUCAGCAGCGCGGGUUGGCGCAGGACUUUUCGCUGUUGCCACAUUAUCUAAGUGAUGAUUUGGCGGCUGCGAUUGGUGAUCCAAAUGCAGACGCUGAGCGGCUGCUUUUUCGUCUCUGCCAUCACGCUGCGCAGUUGACGUUGCGCAAUGCUUCUGAGGCGACCAAGGCCACCUUGAUUGUCAUGGCGCAUUGGUCACCAUGUAAGCGUGGUGACUUAGCUCCGAAGCAGCAGUUCGACUUGUUUUGUCGCCACAAGCCGAAGGUGACAAAGUAUUUGAUAGCUCAAGCAGAUGGCAAACCAGCAGACAUGGGGGAGGUGGCUAAGGAGAUUUGCGAUUUUGUGCGAAGGAUGCCAUUACGAAAAGAUAAUCGGUUGCUGCAGGAGGCUGGUGUCGGUACGACCGUCAUGCCUGCGGCAGGGUUCCCAAGUGGAACUCUAGCUGUGGAUGAUGUGUGUAAGGUGGUUGCAGCCUGCAGCCAAUCUUUGCAAGUGCAGCUGUCGCGAGGCCAGUCAAACCAAUCGAGUGGUUCCGGAGACCGUGUGGCAGCGUCAUCGAGUUUGCUGGCAAUUUGCGAUGGCGCAGCAGAGGAGCCUUCGAAGGCUGUUGCUCCGGAACCGGACCUACGUGGUCCGGAGACUAUGAGCAUUGCAGAACAAUUGGCUGCGCUGCGAGGUGAUAUGGAGAGAAAGGAUGGGAAAGAUUUGGAACGAGACGUAGAAAAGCAGAAGCAUCUCAAAAGACCCGCUUCUGCCAAGAAGCUUGCAGCGGCGCCAAAGCCGAAAGGUAGGCCACGUGCCAAGCCCAAGGCAAAAAGCGCUGCUCGGAAGCCGCGCCAGGAUGUCAUGAAGCGACCUGCGGCUGCGACUACGCGUCGCAGCACAAUGUCUAAGGGAUGUGCGCAGGACGCUCAGAUUGCACGCGGGACUUCCACGGGAAGUCCGAGUACUGGCGCUGUGUCACGCGCAGAGCGUCGGAAGAAUGUCUUGGCGCUGGUUCCGAAGAAGCUGCGUGCGCAAUUCUCUGGAGAACGCAAGGACCGUGACCGGGAUGCUUCCAAAAUACACAUUGACAACAUGCCGCCGAAGGAGACGGAGAAGGAGGAGUCAGAGUACACCUACUGCACGGAAGAAGAACAUGAAGACGAUGAUCCGGUCGAGCCGGAGCCAACGCCGCCUCCGAAGAAAUCUGUGGCUUCGCGAGCACCGGCCCGUAGGUCGUCCAAGGCGGCGUCGCUACCGCCGGCCGCAGAAGCUGCGGCGCCGACGGAGGUACCCGCCGUGCGACCAAGCCCGGCAAAGGAGGCUGCGCCGCCUGGGGGAAGUCCGGAGAAGGACUCGAGUAGUGACCGUGGGCCACGCGCCCGGUCGCUGCGAUCUCCCGGGAGCCCACGUGGCCGGGAGCGAGACAGCUGCACUGGCGGAACACAUGGGAGCCAAGAAAAAAGGGAAGCGGCGCUGCCGCAUGGGAACUCGGAGGCUACGGCUACGCGCCGCAGCUUCCGUGCCGAAGACAUAGCUGUCGUCAUGGCGGUAGAUGCAUCCUUUUCACUGUCUCCGCGAGGCCUGGAAGAAGUCUAUGAGGUGAUCUGCCACGUUACUCCUCUGGAGCCCUUUGAUGAAUUUACCUCUACGCUCAAGGAGAUGAAACGAGAAUGUCCCGGCCGAAACGAAAACUAA